AUGGCCUCCCAGCAUGAACUCAAGUAUAUGUCGCCGGACAGUCCGCACGAGGUGGAGGGCCGUCCCUCUAGCAAGGAGAUGGACGACAUCAACCUUGCGCGGAUGGGGAAGCGGCCAGUGUUGAAGCGCAAUUUUGGAUUGAUGUCGAUGCUCGGAUUUAGCUGCACGAUUCUCAUCACCUGGGAGGGGAUUACCGUACUGUUUUUGCAAGCUUUCCAAAAUGGCGGUCCGGCCGGCGCGGUCUACGGCUUCAUCUUCGUCUGGGCUGGCGUGGCAGCAACAUUCGUGGUUCUUUCGGAGCUAGCUUCGAUGGCUCCCACCAGCGGAGGCCAGUACCACUGGUGCUCGAUGCUCGCCCCGGCGUCGUUAAUGAAGCUCUUCAGCUACCUCACUGGAUGGUUGACGGUGAUCGGCUGGCAGGCCACCUUUGCGACAUCGUGCUUUCUCUCCGGCACGCUGAUCCAGGGCCUCAUCGUCCUCUGCAACGCCGACUACGUACCGCAAUCAUGGCACGGCACGCUGCUCUUCUGGGCCGUGGCCGUCUUCUCGAUCGCCAUCAACAGUGUGGGAGGCAAGCUGCUACCGCGCUUUGAGGGCCUGAUCCUCGUCCUGCACAUCCUGGGCUUCUUCGCCAUCCUCAUCCCGCUCGUGUACAUGGCGGACCACGGCAACGCGCACGAGAUCUUCACCACCUUCUACAACAUGGGCGAGUGGCCAACACAGGGGCUGUCGUUUUUCAUCGGGUUGGUAGGGUGUGUGUUUGCUUUUGCAGGUGGGGACGCCGCCGUUCAUAUGUCGGAGGAAAUCACCAACGCCCCCGUGGCCGUCCCCCGGUCCAUCAUGCUGAGCGUCCUCAUCAACGGCAGUCUCGGCUUCGGCAUGCUCAUCGCCACGCUGUUCUGUCUCGGCGACAUCGAAAAGGCCCUCGAGUCGCCCACCGGCUACCCCUUCAUGCAGAUCUACCUGCAGGCCACGGGCUCCGUCCCCGGCACGGCCGUCAUGUGCUCCAUCAUCACGGUCAUGGGCAUGUGCACGUCUGUCGGCAUGCUAGCGACCACCUCGCGCCAGCUGUGGUCGUUUGCGCGUGACCGCGGCGUGCCGCUGUGGCGGGUUUGGAGCAAGGUUACCUCCCGCACCGCAGUCCCCUUGUACUCGGUCAUCCUGACGACCGUCAUCGCCUGCCUCCUGGCGCUGAUCAACAUCGGCUCCGCGGUGGCCUUCAAUGCCCUGGUCUCCAUGUCCAUCUCCGGGCUGUACCUGUCGUACGUGAUGGUCGCCGGGCUGCUGCUCUACCGCCGCUGCACCGGCGGCAUCAGCUCGUCCAAGAGCAUCGCCGCUGCCGAUGAGAUUGUCAACACGGCCGGAGCGCGUCUCGUCUGGGGCCCGUUCCAUCUGCCCGGCGUCUGGGGUAUCCUCGUCAACAGCUUCGCUAUCGUGUACAUGCUCAUCGCCGUGUUCUUCAGCUUCUGGCCGCCCAUGCGGGCCGUCACCCCAUCGACAUUCAACUUUAGUGUUGCGGGGACGGUGACGGUGAUUGUGUUCAGCCUUGUGUAUUACUUUGUGCGCGCCAGGAGGGUGUAUUCGGGGCCGAUUGUGGAGAUUCAUUAG